AUGGCUCCUAAAAAGAAGGGGGCCAAGGAGCCUGAGCUCAAGAAGAAGAAAGGUGGCAAGAAGGAUCCCAACCUGGCCAACAAGCCCAUGGAAAUGCCUAUAAGCGAGGAGAACCGAGAGUUCUACCACAUCCAGAUCCGCAACCUGGAGGACAGGCUGGCCCGGUACCAGCGGAAGUGGGAUGAGUUGGCUAUGCAGGAGAAGCUGUUUCGCCAGGAGUUUGAGCAGCUGGCCAACAACAAGAAGGAGAUCGUGGCCUUCCUCAAGCGCACGCUCAACCAGCGGGUGGAUGAGAUCACCGACCUCAAUGAGCAGCUCCAGAGCCUGCAGCUGGCCAAGGAGAUGGAGAAGGAUGCCUUCGAGGCACAGCUAGCCCAGGUGCGCCAUGAAUUCCAGGAGACCAAGGACCAGCUCACCACCGAGAACAUCAUCCUUGGGGGAAAGCUGGCAGCCCUGGAGGAGUUCCGGCUGCAGAAAGAGGAGCUCAUGCAGAAGUUCAUGUCGCUGGAGGACCAGCUGCGGAAGCAGGAGAACGAAUACAAGGACUACGUGCACAACCUGGAGAAGAAGUCGGUGCUGGACAAGGACAGACUGAGAAAGGAGAUCAUCCAGCGUGUGAACAUGGUGGCCACAGAGUUCCGCAAGGUGGCCACGAGCCAGAUGUGGGACACGACCAAGCGGGCCAUCACAGAGAACAACGCAGUGACCCUGCAGCUGGCCAAGAUUACACGGCAGGGCACGCAGCUGCUGGCGGAGAACGAGCAGCUCCGGGGCCACCAGGACGACCUAUGCAAACAGCUGGAGCUGCUGGAGAACUCCCAGAAGCUCAUGGCCAGGAACAACUGGGGCCGCCAGAAGGUCAUCCUCAUGCUGACGGAGAAGUGCCAUGAGCAGCAGCAGGGCACGGCCGAGGCCAAGCGGCUGCGUGUUCUGCUGGGCCAGCUGGAGCAGGACCUCCUGAAGCAGCAGCAGGACAAUCAGGCACUGAGGAAAGAAAGAGACCAGCUGAACCUGCAGCUGGAGCGGCAGCAGGCUGAGGGACAGCGGCUCCAGCAGCAACUGACCAAAGAGCAGGAGGCCCGGGCGAGCCUGGAGACGGCCCUGGCCCAGGCCACCUCCUUCCUACAGGACAUUGUGCAGAUGCGGCCUAACGAGGAGGAUGGUGACUUCGAUGUCGUGUUCCAGCUGCAGCGAAAGGAGAUGCUGCAGCAGUUGCUGCUCAUGCUCGGCUCGGCCGUGGUCUUGAGCCCCCAGAUGGCUGAGGCCCUGCACCGGGAGGGCCAGCCCUGUGGCCUGCCCAGGGAGGGCCAGGACAGCAGCACCCAGCUACUCAAGACAGGGUCUCUGCUGCAGCAGCUGUCCGGCAUCACACCCUACCGGCCUGGGGACCUGGGUCUGGUACCUCGACGGAUCCACAUCCCACCCAACCCUGAGGACCUCAGGCUGCUCUCACAUACCACCCGCAUGGGCAACUUACAGGCGUACAGCAGCCCUGAGGUGAGGGUGCCAGGGGGCCCCAGGGACAGCUGGAUGAGGGCCACCCUUGGAUGA